AUGGGGCAUCAUUUGGAAAUCAUCAGUGCAGUUGGUUUUGGUGUGGUAAUAAGAGAUCAUUUAUGUCAAGUAUUGGGAGUUAUCUCUGGAGGAAUUGGCAUUGCAAUAAAUUACAUUGCAGAGAUAUAUGCAAUCAUCUGUGCAGUUGAGUUAGCUGUGGAACGGCAGAUUCAAGAAGUAAUUCUCAACUCAUAUUCCAAAACAGUGGUGACUGAAUUUGCAGGAAACAUAAUGCCAUGGUUUUUCAAAAUGAGAUGGAACAAAGAAAUUGUUAAGAUUCAUUCUCUCUGGUUCAGGCAUAGUUUCAGGGAAACUAACUUUUCUACAGAUACAGCUGCAAAAAAAGGAGCUCUACUGGCAGCGGGUCAAAGAGAAAUCUACUGUGGAAGAUCAAAGGAUUCUUCUCAAACCAAUACACAUCGUACUACCUACAAUAAUGGUGGUGUAAUUCUUGACACUCAUGUUCGCACUUUACCAGUUAACUUGAAGUUUGCAUCUUUUGAUAGUGAUGAUCCUGAUGUGGGCACUGUUGUUAAAUUAUUUGAACCAACUACUUUAGCAUCUGCCUUUAAUAAAGCGUUGAAUCAAGAAGCAGUUUUACUAGCAACUUCCAAACAACUUUCUCGACCAAAUCAGUUUCGACCACCUGCUGCUACUAAUACUUUACCAUUAAGGAAGAAUCCAAUACCUCCUGGUGCUAAGAGGCUUACGUGGGAAGAACAAAAGGAAAAGCGAGACAAGGGUCUUUGCUUUAAUUGUGACCAACUAUAUCAGCCAGGUCAUCUGUGUUUGAAACCUAGACUUUUAAUAUUGGAUGUUCCUCAAAACUCAGAGACCAUUGAUGCAGACUAUAAUGAGUGUAAUUAUGAUGUUACUGAAGAUCUUAUUCACAAUACCUUUUCAGAGGAUUCAGGACCAACAAUUUCCUUGAAUUCACUAAUGGGUUCUUCUUUUCCAAAAACUAUGUGUAUUAUGGGUUAUACUAAAGCUCAGCCUUUUACAAUUUUGAUUGACUCUGGCUCAACUCACAAUUUUCUUCAUCCUAAAAUAUCUAAACAGUGUGGGUAUUCUAUGAAAUCUGGAGCUGCUGCCUUGCAAGUUAUUGUUGGUGAUAGUGCUCAAACACAGACUCAGGUGUUUUGUCAUAAUGUACAAGUUAAACUUCAAGAUUAUUCUUUUUCCACAGAUUUUCAUCUUCUUAAUAUCAGUGGUUGUGAUGUUGUCUUAGGAGUUCAAUGGUUACAUACAUUUGGUCCUAUUACAUGGGAUUUUUCAAGGUUAAUGAUGAAGUUUCGCAUACAAGAUCAAGAUGUGAUGUUAUUAGGGAAUAAUUCCUCCAGCAUUAUGCUUUUGGACGCCAAGUCCAUGCAGCAUUUAUUAUCCAUAGAGACUUUUGCAGUUUUCUUACAACUAUCUGCAUUAAAUACUUUAACUACUGCUGCUACAAUUCUUCCACCUGAGUUGCGUGAAUUACUUGCUAAAUAUGCUGAUGCUUUCAAGACUCCUACAUCACUACCUCUUAAAAGAUUACACGAUCAUCGUAUCAAUUUGCUUCCAGAUUCUGCACCUGUCAAUGUCAGACCAUAUCGUUAUCCAUAUUUUCAAAAAGAUGAAAUUGAAAGGAUAGUGCAUGAACUACAACAAGAUGGCCUUAUUCGACCUAGUUCUAACCCUUAUUCAUCUCCCAUACUGAUGGUCCGUAAGAAGGAUGGUUCUUGGCGAAUGUGUGUGGAUUAUAGAGCUUUGAAUAAGAUAACCAUCAAAGAUCAUAUUCCAAUACCCAUGGUGGAUGAGUUAUUGGACGAAUUAAAUGGUGCAACAAUUUUUUCCAAACUAGAUUUUCGAUCUGCUUAUCAUCAACUACUUAUGCAUAAGCCAUAUAUUCUAAAAACUGCUUUUCGCACUCGUGAUGGUCAUUAUGAAUUCUUUGUCAUGCCGUUUGGACUCUCUAAUGCUCCAGCCACCUUUCAAGGAUUGAUGAAUCAUAUAUUUCGUCCUUACCUUCGUAUGUUUGUGCUAGUAUUUUUCGAUGACAUUUUGAUUUACAGUAAGACCAUGUCUGAGCAUAUUCAUCAUUUGUCUUUGGGAUUAGCAGGUUAUUAUCGCAAAUUUGUCAAGGAUUUUGGUAAGCUUAGUGCACCCAUACAUCAACUACUGAAGAAAGAUGCAUUUCUUUGGACUGAUAAUGCUACUACUUCAUUCAAAGUGCUUCAGAAGGCUAUUACUACAACACCAGUUUUAAUUCUUACAGAUUUUUCUAAAGAAUUCUCAUUGGAAUGUGAUGCAUCUGGAAAUGGGUUGGGAGCUGUGUUAAUGCAGUCUAGUCGACCCAUUGCUUAUUACAUCAAACCUUUGACUGGAAAGAAUUUAAAUCUCUCCAUUUAUGACAAAGAAAUGCUUGCAAUUGUCUCUGCAGUUCAAAAAUGGAGACCAACAGAAAUGGUUACCAAACUUCUGGGAUAUGAUUAUGAGAUUAUUUUUCGAAAGGGAAAAGAAAAUCUUGCAGCUGAUGCUUUGUCUCGCAGCAUUGGAUCUCACUUUAGUCUGACUACACCAAUUUUCUAUGAAGUCACUGAAAUAAUUCAAGAAUGUCAUCUGGAUGCUGAGCUAAGUAUACUAAUUCAAAAACUCAUUGAUUCUCCUUCUUGCAAACUUAAUUUUUCAUACAUUGAUGGUGUUCUGCGUUAUAAAGGACGAAUAGUUGUGGUACCUACUUCUUUAUGGUGUACCAAACUUCUUGAGGAGUUUCACUCAAACCCUAUAGGGGGGCAUUCAGGAUUUUUGAGAACUUAUAAGCGUCUAGAACACAAUUUUUAUCGGAAGGGUAUGAAGCAAGCAAUCAAAGAUUUCAUUCCUCACUGUGAUGUGUGUCAAAGAAAUAAAACUGAAGUUAUUUCACUACCAGGAUUAUUGAGUCCACUUCCUAUUCCUUCUGAAGUAUGGAUUGAUAUAUCCAUGGACUUUAUUGAUGGUUUUCCUCUUUCUGAACGCAAGAAUGCAAUUUUGGUGGUUGUUGAUCGUCUAACCAGGUAUGCACAUUUUAUUCCUCUCACACACCCCUAUUCUGCUAGCUCUAUUGCAGACGUGUUUGUGAGAGAAAUUGUUCGACUUUAUGGAAUGCCAAGAAGUAUAAUAAGUGAUCGAGAUCCCAUUUUUAUGAGGAAUUUUUGGAUAACUUAUUUUAAGCUACAAAGUACACAGCUAUGUCACACUUCUGCAUAUCAUCCACAGAGUGAUGGCCAGGUUGAGGUAACUAAUAGGACAUUAGAAUGUUAUUUGCGAUGUUUCGCUGGUAUGAAGACAACAGAUUGGUCGAAAUGGUUUCCCUUGGUUGAAUGGUGGUAUAAUACAAGUCAUGAUUCUGCAAUUAACAUGACUCCAUAUCAAGAUCUUUACAGCCGGCCUCCUCCAACAAUUUCAUCUUAUCUACCUGGUACCACUUUUUUGCAUGAUGUUGAUUUAAAUCUCAAAGCACGGGAUCAUACUUUAAAGCUGCUGAAAUCUCACUUGCAUGAUGCUCAAGCUAGAAUGAAAGCAUACUUUGAUGCUCAUCAUACUGAGAGGGAAUUUUCUAUAGGAGAUUGGGUUUUUCUUCGACUACAGCCAUAUAGACAGAGAACUGUUACUAAUCAAUCCUUUUCAAAACUAUCUCCAAGAUUCUAUGGUCCUUUACGAGUUAUUGAGAAGAUAGGACCAGUCGCAUACAAGUUGGAGCUUCCUGCAGAAAGUCGCAUUCACCCUGUAUUUCAUGUUUCUCAGUUGAAACUAAAAUUAGGAUCAGCUAACUCAGUUCAACAAGUUCUACCAUCUAUCAUUGAUUAUGAUAAGUGGGAACCAAAAGCUGUUUUGGAUCGUCAAAUGUUCAAGAAAGGAUCUUAUGCAGGAACUAAGUGGUUAGUGAAAUUGAUGGAUCACCCAAGUGAUGAGGCUACUUGGGAAGAUGCUGAUGAAUUACUUAUUUGUUUUCCAGACUUUCAGGCUUGA